CCUGCAGCCCAGGCCUGCACCGGGUAGUGUAACAUGGGUGCCUCCAGCUCCUCCGCUCUGGCUCGCCUCGGCCUCCCCGGGCAGCCGCGGUCCACCUGGCUCGGCGUCGCCGCGCUGGGACUGGCCGCGGUGGCGCUGGGGACUGUGGCCUGGCGUCGCGUGCGUCCCCGGCGGCGCCGGCGGCUGCAGCAGGUGGGGACGGUGUCGAAAGUCUGGAUCUACCCGAUCAAGUCCUGCAAGGGGGUGUCGGUGUGCGAGACCGAGUGCACCGCCAUGGGGCUGCGCUGCGGCAAAGUGCGGGACAGGUUUUGGAUGGUGGUUAAGGAAGAUGGACACAUGGUCACUGCCCGCCAGGAGCCUCGCCUUGUGCUGGUCUCCAUCACCUUGGAGAACAACUAUCUGACCCUCGAAGCCCCAGGCAUGGACCAGAUGGUUUUACCUAUCAAGCUGCCUUCAUCGAAUAAGAUCCACGACUGCAGGCUGUUCGGUCUCGACAUUAAAGGCAGAGAUUGUGGCGACGAGGUAGCUCAGUGGUUCACCAACUACUUGAAGACGCAGCCCUACAGGUUGGUUCAGUUUGAUACCAGCAUGAAAGGAAGGACAACAAAGAAGCUUUACCCUUCUGAAGGUUACCUUCAGAAUUACGAGGUAGCCUACCCAGACUGCAGCCCUAUCCACUUGAUUUCCGAAGCCUCCUUAGCCGACCUCAACACCCGGCUGAAGAAGAAAGUGAAGAUGGAGUACUUCAGGCCCAACAUCAUGGUGUCAGGCUGCGAGGCUUUUGAGGAGGAUACCUGGGAUGAACUCCUAAUUGGUGAUGUGGAGAUGAAGAAGGUCUUGAGCUGCCCCAGGUGCAUUUUGACCACAGUGGACCCAGACACUGGAAUCAUAGACAGGAAGGAGCCGCUGGAAACCCUGAAGAGCUACCGCCUGUGUGACCCCUCUGUGAAGAGUUUGUACCAGACGUCUCCCCUUUUUGGGAUGUACUUCUCAGUGGAAAGAGUUGGAACCCUGAGAGUUGGCGACCCUGUGUAUCGCAUGGUGGACUAACGGGCCCAGUGGCUGACACGCUUCCAGGUCCUAGGAGAUACUUCUGCGAGUCCUGACUGCCAGCCAUGACUGUCGUCCUGGAAACGAACCUCCGAUUUUCCUUCAGGGCUUUGAAUGCCCUCAGUUAAUUUGAGAAAGUACCAGUGGUGGUUUGGGAUUGUGAGGGCAUAUACAUUUUACAUAACGAUGUUUUAAAAAGACAUGGAAUUGUGCAUACGAUUAUUCUGAAUGGCCCCCCACUGUUACCUUUUUCUGAUUACUACCUUUAAUACUGCUGGGUAAUGAAAGUUUAGAGUCAACUUAAAAGCUGCCAAAUUAAAAAAAAGUGUAUACUUUUUAUAGGUAUAUUGUGUAAGAGAAGCAGGAAAAUGAGUCAUCGUGCCCUGAUGUCUAUGUGCUAACAUGCCAACAUGCUCACUCAUGGCCCGUUCUUGACCUGGAUGUUGAGCCCUGCUGAGUUCUGAUUUAUGGCUGCCUCUGCCUUACUGUUAUAGAGCCAGAAUUACGCUUAAAUAUAGAAAUGAUUUCAUAGAUCAUGGGGUUAUUUUGUUCAUAGAUGGUAUCUUUAUAUUUCGUUGGGAUUCUAAUAAUUCUAAUAAUUAUCUCUAAUUGUCAAUUCCUCUAAUUCUACAAGAAAAUAGAAUUUAAAAGACUAGAAUCUUCAAAAGCAGGAGAAAGCAGGAGACAUUUUUAAUGUUUAUAUCUAUUUUCAUAACAAAGAUAAGAUAGCUUGCUGUAACAAGUAAAGUAACAUAUAAAUGAGUUAACCCCCUUAAACUUGGGUGGUUUCUUUGUCAUUGGUAAGAGUGAAGUCCCUCCUACUUCAUCUGUGAUGUCUGCUUCUGGGUGUCUUUCUCGUUUUACAGAGUUGUUGUCGGGCAUCUUCCCCGGGUCCCACACACUGCCUCUUGUCAUGGUGUGCACAGACACCGUGAACUGCGUGUCUGAGCCAGUGUUCUUAACUUGUGAGUUGUGACCCCUUGAGGUAUCUGAUAUCCUGAAUAGCAGAUACUUACAUAACAAUAGCAAAACCACAGUUAUGAAGUAGCAAUGAAAAUCAUUUGAUGGUUGGGCGUCACCACAACAUGAGGAACUGUGUGAAAGGGUUGUAGACUCUAUGACAUUAUGGCUGGGAUCUGGGCCUGAGUUCAACCCCUCACCUCUGGCUGUGAGUUAAAAGUGGAAGGCAAGCUGCAUCUUGGGUAAAACUUGGACAUGACACAUUUUUUUAAAGUCACACUGGGUUUAAAGUCAGCCAUUAAGUUUUAAGCUAUUUUCCCCUUUACAUUCCCAAGGAGGAAUGGAAGGACGAAAAACACACUCAGCUCUUGGUACCUCCCAGGCGCCUUUUUUUCCCAAUAUAUUUUAAAUUUAAAUUAGAAACAUGCUUGAUUCACAUGUCAACCCCUAUCCUACCCUUCCUCCCUUGUCCCUGUACCAGCUCCCCAGCCCCCCUGCCCAAUCCCCAUACCAUUCCCCAGGGAGGGGACCAGGCUCCUGGUCCCCAGUGGCACUCAUCCCUGCGUGUACCAGCUCCGCUUCUCUGAGACAGAAAUCCCCAAGCGUUCCACCAUGGUCACUCUGCUGCGCUGGUGGGCAGAGUGCCAAGUGUGGGAACACGUGACAGAGGGGGCAGAGGGAGCAUUCUUUACGUGACAAGCACAGGAAUCAGACGGGCAGGAUGGGUCCCGGUGCAGCACCCCGCCCCCCCCCCCAGACUAACUUCCUCCUCAGGUAGGCUCUGCCUCAGCCUCCCCGGGUAGUGUCACCAGCUGGGGACCUAUGAGAGCUACAGCGUGACUUUCAUGCUCGACCACAGUGAACAGCGAGGUGACCAGCUAGCUGAGCACAGUGCGCUCAGAAGUCUGGGUCUUGUGGGAGUGAGGAUUGGCAAUAGGUGGCUGAGCACUGAACAAGAAAAAGUAUUUAGGACGUGUGACAAGAAACUGUUGCAGGACAGAUACUGGGUGAUAGGCGUUCUUUGUAUCCCCGGUGGUAGGUUUCUCAGCUGGUGCUUGUAAGCCAAAUGGAGGCGAAUUAAAAAGUAAAGGACCGGGUUUAAUCUGAGAAAAGCAGGCGAGAAAUCGCGCGGCAGGUCUAGGGGCCAGAGCUAACCUGCAGGUGUGGUCUCGAGCUCUGGGGGAGGAGCCUGAGCUUCUGUCGGUCUUGGGGGGUGGGCAGGGUUUGGAGAGGGAGGAGCGGGGCUGAAGCAGAGUUUCUGCGCGAACACUGGAGUACCAGAGGGGCCCAAAGUGAGCAGCUGGCAGCUGAGGAAGGAGUGUCCGUCGUUGUCAAAAAGAUCACGAGUGUCCCAAGUCGGAAGCAAAAGUCAGUGCACGCCUGCCGGUAGCCUGCGUUCCCCACUCCUCGCACAAUGGCCUCUCGGGGAGCCUUAGGAAUUCCUGCUCUGCCCCCAUCGCCUGCCCUCAGCUGCCCUCCGCCGCAGCCUCAGUCUUCCAGCAUCGCGUGAACGUGAGUUCGGGCACCGUCCCUUCUCCGCUCCAAGAUGCUGUCCAGCAGCAGCAGGACGUUCUGGUCAGGGUGUGACCCCUUCCAUCGCACUCUGAGGUCCCGGGAACCCUGUUGGACCGGCUCCACCUCUUGCUGGCACGAGGCUUCCAGCCGCUUCCUUCUCUCAGCCUGAGACUUGGGGUGGGGUGGGGAUGGGGGGGGUAUUUCUAGUUUCCUGGGGGUCCAUUGUUCCGAUAGUCUGAUGGGCAGAGCUAGGGCAAACGCUCACCUCUAGAGAAAUCUUCAUUCCUGCCUCAGACCCUCCCCCCUGCCCCCUUGGCUGUAAAAGUCCAAUCACUCUGCCCUGUCGUAGUGGAGAACAGCCUUCUCCCUGUUAGAACAAAGACUUGACAUUUUAGCAACCUGACUGACAGUCAGCCGGGAGCCUGGGGCGCCUGAGGAACCUUGGUGGCCUUGGCUUUGUUGUUUAAGGUAGGCUGGCACUUGGGAAUGACAAGGGACGGAGUCCACCUUGCGGGAGCCGCAGGGAAAGAGCCCGGGGUUCGGGUGAGUGCUGGUUCUGUGCCGGUAGCUCCGAGGAGGCAUCAGGCGUGGAGACGCAGACUUUGCUCAGCCCUGGAGUGCCUCAGGGUCUGGUCAGAUCUUUCCACCUUCAGAUCGCAGCUGGCUGGGAAGCUCCUCGGUCGCCGCCAAACUUCUCGGCUCGCCCGCAGUUCCCAGAGGGGCAGCUGCCCGGCGGCCUGAUUUCUAAUUAAAAAAAAAUCACUCAUGUUUGUGCAAACGUUGUGCGUUUUAGGUCAAAUAAACAACCUUAUAAGCAUA